UAAACGGAGAAGAGGCACCGCCAUUUUGCCGCUACAGCUCCGUUCGGAAAGCGUUGGUGACGCCGUGGAUUUUCUUUUCUCUCGCUUCGACGGACCCGAGAACGCCCGCGGGUCCUUCCUGACGUUACCUGGUCGACAAGGACGCGAGUGAAAUGAGCGCCAUUGAGUAGCGUAGCGGUAGCCGUAGCGCUAGUCCCAGAAGGCCUAAAAACAGCGACGGAGGAAUGAGAAACUCUAGAUCGCGAUCCCGAUCGCGCAAGUCACGAGAGCGCAAAGAGGGCCACAGACCUGUCAAAGGGAAAUAUUCACGGUCACGUAGCAGAUCUGCUUCCCGGGGAAGGAAGUCCUAUCAGAUGAGCAAGUACUCGAGCAACAGACGCCGCAGCAGCCGCACCCGCAGUCGCAGUCGAAGCAGAUCGAGCUACCGUGGAGUACGGUACUCCCGCAGUAGGUCUCGCUCGUACUCCCGUUCCAAGUAUUCCCGCGAAAGGGACAGGUAUGUCUACCGCUCGCACUCGAGGAGCCCCAUGUCCUCGAGGCGACGUCACGUCGGCAACCGCGACAACCCCUGUCCUUCGAGAUGUCUCGGUGUCUUCGGACUCUCCAUUUAUACCACCGAGCAUCAGAUCUAUCACAUCUUCUCCAAGUAUGGGGUUGUCGAGCGAGUACAGGUUGUCAUAGAUGCAAAGACUGGACGGUCUAGAGGAUUUUGCUUUGUAUAUUUUGAAUCGUCAGAGGAUGCCAAGGUAGCAAAAGAACAGUGCACGGGAAUGGAAAUCGAUGGCCGGCGAAUACGAGUAGAUUUUUCAAUUACUCAACGAGCUCAUACGCCUACUCCUGGAAUUUACAUGGGCAAACCAACCCACUUGCACGACAGAGGCUGGGACGGACCCAGACGUAGAGAGAGUAGUUACAGAGGAAGCUACCGACGGUCGCCCAGUCCAUAUUACAACCGACGACGUUCUCGAUACGACCGGUCCAGAUCACGCUCCUAUUCCCCACGUCGAUAUGUAGUGGCACGAGUGUGAUGCGAGAGGCCAGGUGUUGGGAGCCGUUUGUGUGACUUGAUCCUUUGAUCCCCAUUACUUCUAAGUAAUACACUCGCACGGUGCCAAAUCAUUUUAUGCAAACGCCGCAUUACCACCCUACCGUUCUCACCUUACCCGGCUCUAUUUCAAAAAUUGCACGGAUUCGACAGGAGCCCGAUAAGUAGAGCCGAAGAGGUCGAGCCUUUCCUGACCAAAGUCUCCGCUAUUUUCUUCACGGCUUCGAAAUCAUUUUACCUUUCCUUUAACGCUUUGUGAUUUUAAAAAUCGGGAAAGUAUUCUUCAUUGAUUCGUGAGGCCUCGUCGGUUAACAUCUCGCAAGGUUUAAAUUUAAUUCUGUCCGUUAAUUAUAUUCGAUUGAACUUUAUCGAUUCGUGGAGGUGCACCGGAAGGAGUUCUUAAAAGUAUAGUUAUAGCGGGAUAAUUUUCGUUGCUCGGAGGUGUCUUGAACUUUUGAGCUUCGAGCCUACUUAUCGGGGAGUUUGAGAUGACGGAUACAAAGUACGGUGUAUCGAGGAUCUUUCGAUGGGACACUUGGAACGGAGAAAAGAUGCCUCUAGCCUCUUUUGCCUAGGAAAGAGUAAGGUCAGAACGGACGCGGAACUUUAUUUUCAUGAACUUCCCCAGACCUACUCUUCGCUCGACGUAUCUCAAAGUUAAAGGAGAUAAGGUUUUUAGUUAUACUCUUUACUCUCGUCCGGCGAUAAUGUGAAGGUUGGAAUACGCAUGUGGAAUUGUUGCGAGGUUCUGUCUCGUUGGUUCUUCCCUCUCUCUCUUUCUCUCGCCCCCUCUCGAGGGGAGUUGGCCCUCGGUACAAAGUUGUAUUUCAGCCAUUCGACGGUCGACUACCACCCAGAUGGUACGAAGCUGCGCUAAUGUGCUACGCGUAAACCUAUAAAUGUAUCCGUCUAUCUAUCGUAAGGCUUUAUUACGAAGAAGGUGAGAGAGGGAGAGAGAGAGCAAGAAUGGGUGCGAGUGUGCGAGUGAAUGGAAGAAAGAAAGAGACACGUUAGGAGAGAAAGAAAAAAAAAACAGACAGGAAAAGCAAUAAGAAAAAAUGACAAACUUAAGCCUGAACGUUGUACGAAUAAGUCCUCUAACACGUUUGUUUGUUUAUAAGGUUUUGAAUCAAGAGGUAUUGGAUGAUAGAGGGAACUCUCUGUGUCGAAAAAAUGAACGGUUUUGCAAACGAAAAGUCGAAGACAAGAGAUCCGCCGGAAGAGAAGAAAUACGUUUCGCUUCUUCUCGCUCGGCUAGGCUCGAAAAAUCAAGAGAAAACCGAGGGUUCGUGUCGCGCGACUCGUGAGAAAGAAUAUGAUCCGAAACCGGCCUCCCCCCCGUCGAGUUCGUUCUCGGGCCUCUAGGAAGAGCACUCAAGCAAUGGUUAAUGCAAGAGAAUACGAGAAUACAGGAAGAGGGAAAAACGUUGGGUGAGUCGGUGCUGCGAGAGAGAAAUACCGAUAUAUGUACAUGUACGUCGAGAGAAAUCGCUCGGCGAACGUGGCCCGAGAGGGAAAGAAAGAAGAGAGAAAACGUCGAGAUAUCCGUAGAGCUAUAUAUAUAUAUAUACUUAUACAUAUAUAUAUAUGCAUAUACAUAUACAUAUAUACGUACCCGCGAGAGAAGAAUAAGGAGAUUCGUGCUCGCAGGUUUAGUCGAACCGAUCAUAUUCUUUAUCAAUUGGUUGUGUAUAUCGGGUGUCGCUCGUUCUCGAGGACGCCACAUAGCUCGCGGUCCGGGUCCUCGGCCGGUCCGCCACUUCCCCGCUUCGCAAUAAAAAGAGAGAAUAAAGGUGUGCACCCCUCUCUGUCCAUCCUGUCCCUCCACCAUCCCAAGACCUCCGACAGUCGCCCAGUCUUUUAUCUAGAGAUAGACGUCCUUCGUUUUCGCGGGUUCUUCGUUUCUUUUCCAUUUUCUCGAAUUUUCUUUUAUCCCAAAGCUUCUUCCGUCGCCUUUCCAAGGAGCUGACGAUUCCGGGGCGCCUUGUAUUUGCGUUUAACCGUGUACAAACGUGUCCAUAAGUAUUGAAUAAAGAUCAAAUCAUCGAUCGAA